AUGAAACAAUUAGAAGAUUGUAGCAAAAAAUUUGAGGAUCUCUUCAUCAAAUGUUUUUAUUAUCAUGGACAAUUGGUGGGUCGCUAUCCGAAACGAUUUCUGAUCGGUUCAUUGCUAUUAACAAUAAUUGGCAUGACAGGAUUACCGGCGCUACAAAUUAAUUUAGAUCUUUACAAAUUAUUUGUUCCAUCGGAUGCACCAGUACGAGAGGAAUUUGAGAAAUCAACAGCUUUUAAUAAAAUGCCAUUGGGCAUUUUGGAUCCCGAGAACGCUAAUCGAGGUAAACGGCAAGUUGAAAUUCUCAACGAUCCAAUUCAUAUUGAUGUUAUUCGAUUUUAUGCAAUUCAUGAAGAAAAUUCAAAUUUAUUAGAAUCACGCAUAUUGCGCAGAAUUUAUCGUUAUACCACUGAAAUUAUGAAUAUCACUGUUGAAUUCAACGGCAAAAUCUAUCGAUUUGAGGAUUUCUGUCAGAAAGAUUAUAGGGAAGAGAAAUGCUCAAAUGAAUUAAAUGUUUGGCUAAAGCAUGCAGAAAUACUCUUUCAAGAUGGUAAAGUGAAUUCCAAUCCAAAUUUGCAACUUUCAUAUCCGGUUAUGUAUUUAUUCAAUCGACCGAAAGAUAUUGGUCAGGUAAUUUAUGGAGUAAAUGUGACAGGUCGAAAACGUGAAAUAAGUAGUGCUAAAGUGGUUACUGUUCAUUGGUAUAUCAAUUUCGAGAGUUCAGCUGAAAAAGAAAGAGCAUAUGCGGCUUUUCGUAGAGAGUUAAAUAAAUUUUGGCUUUCCAAAAGGAAUGAAUCAAGGCUUAAAUUCAUUGCACAUAACGAUAAAGCAAUGAACGAUGAAAUGCUUUUAAUUAUCGAAGCAGCGCUACCAUUUGCAGGAAUUGUUUCGCUGCAAUUAAUGCUUUUCGUUAUACUUUCAAAUUAUUCCAAAGAUAUUACCAAGUCAAAACCGAUGGAAGGUUAUUUGGCAGUGGUAUCAGUUAUUCUAUCACUAAUUUGCACAUUCGGAUUGCUUUUCCGUCUUGGAAUGCCUUUCAAUCCGGUAUCCUGCACAAUGCCAUUUUUAAUUCUUGCCGUUGGUGUUGAUGAUGCAUUCCUGAUGUUAGGCGCUUGGCGUACGACCGAUCGAAAUUUACCGAUAGAGGAACGGAUGGCAUUAACAAUGAGCGAUGCCGGAUUGUCCAUCACCGUAACAUCGGUCACUGAUUUCGGUUGUUUUGCUCUUGGCUAUUUUCUCUGUCCAAUACCAGCUGUUUCGGAUUUUUGUAUAUUAACGGCUACCGGUAUCUUAAUGGAUUAUCUCUUUCAAAUUACCUUCUAUGCUUCGGUUAUGGUAUAUGGCGGUCAACGAGAAGCUAAUGGUGGACUGAUAUCAUGCUGCUAUAAAUUUAAAUCAAAAGAAAGGACAACAAGCAAUCGCUACAAUCAACAACCUUACAUUCAUCGAUGGUUUGGCGAUAUUUAUGCGCCAUUUAUAUUACGUAAAGAAGUUCGAAUUAUCUCUUUGAUUGUUUUCCUUCUUUAUGCAUUAUUCGCUUUUUAUGGUUGCAUAUCAAUUGCAGUUGAUAUCAGUCCACGGAAAUAUAUUCGUGAUGAUUCACCCAUGCAACCUUUUAUUAAUCUUGCCGAUAAAUAUAUUUGGGCUGAUAAUGUAAUGCCAAUAUUUUACGUGAUGAAUCCGCCGGAUUUUCGUACAAUGCAAUCACGUGCUCGAAUAAACGAAUUAAUUUAUCGUCUCGAACAUACGACUUAUAGCAUUGGACGAGUUUCCACAAAUUUUUGGCUCUGGGAAUAUCAACGAUUUUUGAAUGAUUUUCCGGACAUUAAUUAUACCAAAAAUUUUUAUGAAAGAAAAUAUUUGAUUGAUUUUUUUGAUCAAUCUGAUAAUCAGCAGUACAGAGCUCAAGUGAAAAUGAAAAGCAAUGUGACAAAUGGCGAACCGUGCAUUGCAGCGUUUACCUUUCAAACAAGUUUUUAUGGGCUUGAUUCAUGGGAUAAACGACACAAUGAAUUAUAUCGAUGGCGUGCAAUGAUCGCCGAAUAUCCCGAUUUUGAUGUUUUUUUGUCUGGAAUUUUUUCGCCAUUUCUAAUUGAUCAACGAAAAAGUAUAGCACCAUCUUCCAUGCAAUCAAUUGGAUCAGCAAUUUCUGUUAUGGCAAUCUUAUCUGUCUUCUUCCUUCCUGAUAAGCAAUCGGUAUUUUUUAUGACUUGGAGUUUAUUAUCAAUUUCAAUGGGCGUUUGCGGUGGCUUAUCACUUUGGGGUAGUGAUUUGGAUUCCGUUUCCAUGGGUUGCAUUGUUAUGGCAAUCGGAUUAGCGGUUGAUUUCUCGAUACAUAUUUGCUAUAGGUAUCAUCGAUCAUCUCAACAAACCGCGCAUCAAAAGGUACGAGAAUCAUUAAUGAUGGUUGGUUGGCCGGUAUUACAGGCCGGUUGUUCCACUUUAUUCUCAAUGCUAACAUUACCAUUAAUACCAGCCUAUCUGGUACGUGUCUUCUUUCAAACGGUAAUGCUUGUUAAUGUAAUUGGUUUAACUCAUGCCCUUUUAUGGUUACCGCAAUUGAUAUCACUGUUAGAUCCGUGUGAACGAAUACCGCUCAGGUUCCGAUAUCCGUUAAUGGAGUAUGAAUCACCGCCAACUUAA